AUGGUGCCACAAAUUGAAGCGGGAUUCGUCAGAAAAGAUGAUCUGCAGCCAAUCAGCACACCAACUCCUAUGCACAUUGGCCCAUUUGGCAGUGAAUGUGAUGAUUUAGAUGAUGAAGAUACCGAGUUUUUGGAAAGCGAUAUCGUUAAUUUAGAUAAUGGUGAUCAUGAAAAAACUCUUGUCAUUAUUGAUGGUGCAAAAGUGAAAAAUACUACUGAAAAUGAAGAAGUGGAGGUAGUGCCAGAGACGGAAAAAGAUGUGGAAAGAGCAUCAAAGAGGAAAAGGAAUGCUACGUUUCAAAAACCAAGUUUUAUUCGAGGCGCCACCAAAGUUCCAGUUAUGGUCUACAUACACGGAGAAUCAUACGAAUGGAAUGCUGGAAACCCGUACGACGGAAGAGUGUUGGCAAGCUUCGGAAAUGUCAUCGUAAUUACUAUUAAUUAUCGACUGGGUGUUCUAGGCUUUCUUCCCGCCGUGGAUCGAUCGGCCCGUGGAAACUACGGUUUGAUGGACCAGGUGGCAGCCCUGCACUGGAUCCAAGACAAUAUUGGCGAGUUUGGAGGCGACACGGGAAAUGUCACUGUCUUCGGACAAGGCCACGGGGCGGCUUGCGUAAAUCUGCUCAUGCUGUCCCCCAUGGCGAAAGGUCUUUUCCAAAGAGCAAUAAUGCAGAGUGGAUCGGCUCUUAGUUCUUGGGCCAUUGCCCGAGAUUCAAUCACACAUACGCUACACAUUGCGAGGGCCCUAGAUUGCCCGGCUCAAGACAGCACGGCGCUCGUAGAAUGCUUGAGGAGGAAAAAACUGGAAGACAUAAUGGACGUAGCCAUUCAGGUCCCGGAUCAUUUAUCCGGAUUUGGACCUACGGUGGAUGGGAUUGUCCUACCGCAAGAUCCGGCCGAAAGUAUGGAGAAAACGCCAUCUUUCUUUACGAAGUACGAUUUGAUGUUUGGGGCUACUCGCGUGGAGGCUUACUUCUUAUUUUCUGCAAUGGAGGAAAAGUUUGGGAUUGACAGUGAUCGGCGGGAUAGACUCUUUAGGACUCUAGUGAGGAAUCUCUAUACAUAUCAUCUACAAGAGAUAUUUUUGACAGUAGUUAAUGAAUACAUGGACUGGUCCCGCUCUUUUCUUCAACCAAUGGACAUCUUCGACGGCACCAUAGAUGCCCUAGGUGAUGCCCUGGUGUUAGCACCCGUGAUACGAGUCGGGACGUACCACAGCGGAGGGAUACCGAGAGAAGAUGCAUACCCGUUGCCAUCUCUUCAGCCAACAGGUGGCGGGAAGAAAAGUUUCUUUUACAUUUUCAAUCACUUGUCUGAGUACGGGGACUAUUCUUCAAGACUCGGUUGCGUGACUGGUGAAGAUCUGUCAUACGUCUUCGGAGCACCUCUGGUGGAGUCAUUGUCACAUUUUGCGAGGAACUACACGCGAGCAGAGACGACGCUGUCGGAAGUGGUCAUAACUUAUUGGACUAAUUUCGCCAAAUUUGGAGAUCCAAACGUUCCAGCCCAUGGAGGGGAAGUUCACAUGGACAACGUGCGAGGAAGGUAUGAACGAGUGGUGUGGCCUCUAUAUGAACCAGUGCACCAGAAAUAUAUUAGUAUAUCUAUGAAGCCACGAGUAAGAGAUCAUUACCACGCCCAUCGACUGUCUUAUUGGCUGAAUCUAAUUCCCCGGCUGCAUGAUUCUGGAGACGGCAACACGUCUAUACAGCAUCAUCGUCUACAUGAUCAUGAUAAUCCUUACAGCUAUGAUGGCAUCGUUAGGCAUCGCGACAAUUCGGGCAGCCUCCAUCCUGCACUGACCACGCCUUUCCCGGAAGAAGAAGACAAGGGUCAAUUGGUGGAGCCAAACAGUAUUAAUGACACCAAAAACGUGAACAUCAGUUUGAAGAUCGACACAGAAGUCGGUACUGUCUCCGAAAAGCACGUGCCAGUCAAUCUGACGCACAUCGUCGACAGCCAGCAGACUGUCUAUAGCACAGCUUUGAUUGUUACAAUUGCAGUUGGUUGCUCACUAUUGAUUUUGAACAUUGUUAUAUUUGCUGGGAUUUUUUACCAAAAAGAGAAAGAUAGCUUAGAGAAAAAGUUACAAAAGUCUUAUUAUGAAGAAAGACGAGCAGAAGAAGAAGAAAACCGACCACCAGGAGAGAAACCAUUUCUGGUGAAAGACUUGUCUUCCUCAAUGAUGCUUAGCAACUAUUGCCCACAGAGUGAGUUUGACGGAAGCCAAACCUUGGACCUCGUGCAACCGAGCAAAACCAACAAGCACCACUACCAGACAGGGGGCAAAGGACAAGAGUCGUGCGAAGGACAAUUCCACAUGGGCCCGAGGAUGCCUCAGGGGGAGAGAGAAAUUGGAAUUCGGGAACCCCUGCUAUCUUCUGCCAAAACUCAUACUCUUUCCACUAAAGUUGAUUGCUUGCAAGCGUGGGAGCAUUCGGCUCAAGAAAUGACUGCAUUCGGCAUAGACAGCCACAGCUAAGAAGAGCUACUACCUGAACGUUCCCCACCUAAACAAACACUCUUUUAAUAACAUAUUUUGUGUCAGUACGAUUCGUUUGUUGUCAAUAGUCUACUCCUUCGCUCAUCAUUCUGGAUCUGGUGCAAGUACCAACUCAAAAAAAGCGGGUUUGGGAAUUGUUUCCUCCACUGGAAACGAAUUCGCCCAUUCCGCCCAUCUGAAACAUGUUUUCGUGGAAAUUUGCAUUGUGAAUUUGAUGUCUUUUACUGUGAUGAUAUUAUGAGAAUAAAAUUGAU